AGCAGUGUUCUGAGAAUUGUGUGUCUGUGAGUGCUGGACUGACAAACAACUUCACUUAGAUUUUGAGAAUCAGCUCAAAGCUGGAGCUUAGUACCAUGAGGACUGGGAUUGGAACCAGGAAGAGCAGCUGGCUGUUGAUUUGGAUUGGGCUCUGUGUCACAGUAUCUGCCGCUGGAAGCUUCAAGCAUUGGACAGCAGAUGUCUCCUGGGACCAAUCGCAAACAGGAGAGAACAUGACGAAAAGUUUUAGGGAAGGCAGGCAGCUGGAACUUUGGAAUAACAGAGAGCAGAGACGAAGGAAGCGAAGUGCCGAAACUUGUCCAAAACACCUGUAUCUGGAUACAAAAACAUCAUUCUGCUGCAAAAAGUGCCCUGCAGGUUUCUAUGUAACCAGGUCAUGUGAAAACAAUGGUGAGAUGCCAGUUUGCCAGAGGUGCCCAAAGGAUACUUACCUCGCUUUUGAGAAUUACAACAGCAAGUGUCAGAGCUGUACCCUGUGUGAUAAAGAGUUCCAAAUCGUUCUUCAUAACUGCACCACUGUUAGUAACACAGUGUGUGGCUGCCAACCCCACCAAUACAAGCAAUGUCACCAUGUCAACUGUCUGAGCUUCUACUGUCAGAAUUGUUCCAAAUGCAGCAACAGACUCAUCACUAAAAACUGUUCGAAUAAUUUCGAUACUCACUGUGGAGAUUGUCUACCAGGAUUUUACAAGCAUGGCAACCAAUGCAAAGACUAUACAGAGGUGCCAUGUAAGAAUGACUCCUCCAGCAAUUAUUCAAGCUGUACAACUCCAGAACCACCUUUGGAACACACAGGAUCGAGCCUUUUUAUGAUUUUGGCGAUUGUGGGCUGUCUCUUCAUUCUGUUUGCGAUACUUCAGUUUUUGCACCUGAAAUUUCGAAGUGAGAGGUGUCCUGACACACCAGAGAUUCCAACUAUCACAGUUUCUGAAGAAGUCAAGACGAUAAAUAACGAAGACAAGAACAUUGCCUUUCAGAUUCCAGAUGGGAAAUCUGACAUCCUUGUCGAUGUCAUGACCCAACCACUGGCAAACUGCAACAUCUACGGGACCAGUCCUCAGACAACACCGGUUCAACCUGAGACACAAGCAGCUCUGACCCUAGAUGGAAAGACUUUGUACGAGAUCAUCAAUGUGGUGCCAGUGCGGAGGUGGAAAGAGUUGAUGCGGUUGUUAGAGCUGAGGGACUGUGAUAUCGAGCGGAUCGAGAUGGAUGUUGCUCAGUCCCGUGACCAGCAAUAUGAAAUGCUGCGGCAAUGGAGCCUGCAACAGAUGGCCUCAAUGGAGUCAGUGUACCAGGCCUUAGAGAGCAUGAACCUCUCCGGGGUGGUGGAGGAACUUCAGACCAAACUGCUCCACAAAACUAACUCACCACGUUAAGCGUCACACAGCCAAAACUCAGGACAGCAGAGGCUUGGAUUUACAAAUUCAUCACAGCCGGUUUCUAGGUCUGUCUUGAAGCCGAGCAUUAUCAGAGCUGGCUAACUACUGGGGCAGUGCCUUAGCACUUUCAGCAUUGUCAUCUGAUUUUACAAGAUUCAAGGAGCCCCCAAAGUCCCCUUGGAUCUCUGGGGCAGGCAGGCACUGAGUUCAAGCAGCCUCUGUCAGCUUCUUCCAUAGAGAGACAUCCAACUACAGCACAGGCCUUGAGAAUCGAGCAGUAUUGGGAGGCUGUUCCCUAUGGGGCUGGGGGACAGGUCUGUUUUGGAGGCCUAUUUAUCAACUUUCUACUUUUGACCCUGUCCUUGAAGCUGGAAUGUCAUGUGGACAGGUCAUUGGGUGACAGGGAAAAUAAUGGGGUGAGGGUCAGGGUGUUGUGAGACAAGAAAGUGAACAAUUUGAUGUGCAACGUAUUAGAAUUAUUUUGUAUAUAAAUCCGUGUUAUUAAAUAUGUUUAUAAUCAUGAAGCAAGUUCCAAAUCCAAUUAACUCCCUCAGGAACUCAUUACAUUAAAUAUUCCAGCCUCAAGUGGUUAGUGAGGAACUGGGGAAUUCUGGUUAUGAUUUCAUACAACACUUACCCUUCAUAACCUCAUGAUGUUGCUAAGUGCCACGCGGCCAAUCAACAAUUUCUUUGAAUUGUUAUGAUGUAGGAAUCCUGCCACCCAACUUACACAAUUCAGAGUCUACAAAUUCUGGACAAUUUCUUCGAGGCAGUCCAUGAAUAAAUAUUGACAAGGAUGUGACAAAAAAUGUCCCUGCUUUUCUGAGAAAAACACUCAUUCAUGGCAGCUUUGACCGUGACCCAGGAAGGUAGGCAGGCAGGAUAUCAGAUUUUGGAUUGGUGGUGCUGGAAGAGCACAGCAGUUCAGGCAGCACCCGAGGAGCAGCAAAAUCGAUGUUUCGGGCAAAAGCCUAGGCAGGAUAUCAGUCCAACAUUGCAUGUUCCUUGGCGCUGGAUGGCCCUUAUCUGCUCAUUUCUGACUCAAGAGCUGUUAUAAACUGAACCAGAGCUGCCACCUGCUUGCAAUGUUCAGAAUUACACAUUAUUGGGUGAUGGUAAAUAUUAAUGAAAAACUGAUGUUGUCAGAGAUAUAUACUACUGGAUAGGUCUCACCACAAGGAGGUAUAUGGUACUACGUCCCAGUCCAGCACCUAGGGUUUUUUUAAAAUUUAUCCUUUUAUUCCUUGAUGUCCUGCCACACGAUGUGAGUGUCUGAGGCAAUGGUGCAACAUUGGAGCAUAAAUUCCUCCUUGUACUUUGUGCCCUCUCGUGGUAAGAUUAUGAAUACACCAGUCACUCGACCACAGAUAUUUCAAAGGUAAGCAAACGGAGAAUGAUUAAUUCAAGGACAGGAACAAGGCCAUUCAGCCCAUCAUAUUAUAGCAAUUUUGAAAGAGCUUUCCAAUUUAGUUCAAUACUCUUAAGUUAUUUCCAGUAGAACAUAGAACAAUACAGCGCAAACAGGCCCUUCAGCCCUCGAUGUUGUGCCGACCUGUGAGCUAUUCUCAGCUCGUCCCCCUACACUAUCCCAUCAUCAUCCAAGAUGGUAAUGUGUUACA